GUACCUCCUCACCAAGUCUGCCGCCAGGCAGUUGCUCCAGCGCCAGUUCCCCAUCGGCGCCUUCUGCAGCAGCCAGCUGGAUUACCCCGACUGCCCAUUUCGCUCCCUGCAGAGCUUCAUUUCGGAGCCUGCAGCGGCCACGCAGACGGGCUCCAUGGAAGACACGGACGUGCAGAUCGUGAGCUUCUGCAAACCACCAAGCGGCAGGACUGCCCCAGGCUCGCCAUGUCCAAGAUGCAACACCCUGAACUGCAAAACCUCCUGGUGUGACCAUGACUGGACUGCAAUGAACCCAGACAGAUGUUCACGCCUCUGCGUAGUAUAUAAGUGUCCGAUUGUUUGA